AUGAAUGAAGAUGUUAACAAGCACCUUCAAAGAUUUUUGACUAUGAGCUCAACGCUGAAGAUAGAGGGACAUACGGAAGAAGAAAAACGACUUCAUAUGUUCCCAUUUACAUUAACGGGUGAAGCUGAGGAAUGGUUCUAUUCCUUACCUGCGGGAAGUAUCACUACAUGGGCUAAGAUGGAGAAAGCAUUCUUGCAAGAAUAUUUUCCCGCAUCCGUAUCAUUGAGAAAAAGAUACGAAAUCCUAAAUUUCAAGAAAAAAGAGGGUGAGUCACUAGGGGAUGCUUACAAAAGAUUCAAAAGAAUUCUAGUGGCUUGUCCUACUCACAAUAUGGAUCAGGCUGAGAAGAUGCAAAUGUUUGUUAAUGGACUCAGAAUUCAGACAAGGCAAAUCCUUGAUUCAGCAGCCGGUGGUUCAUCUAACUUUGCAAUAGCCACCUAUAUGAAGAAGAUAAUUAAAGCCAUUUCCUCAAACAAGCAUCUUGAGUUGUACGACAGAGUGUUAAGCAAACUAGCCAGAAUUAUUGAUUUUAAGUUGGAAACCAACAAACAGGUAAAAAUUGAAGAAACAGUUGAUGUAGAGGUUGAGAAAAGGUUGAAAGCACUAAACAUUGGUGCUCAGAAAGUGGCUAAGAUUGAAGAUAUAAAUUUUUUUAAGCAAAAUAAUCCCUACUCCAACACAUACAAUCCAGGAUGGAAGAAUCAUCCCAACUUUGCAUGGAGAGAUCAGAAAGGGAAUGUGCAACAGCAAGUGUCGGGCCAAUAUCAAAAUCAAUACCAGCAACAGCAACAACAAGCACAAAAGAAAUCAUAUUGGGAGAUUGCAAUCGAAUAG